UCCGGUCGGAACCGCACGCGAUACAGUAUUUAUAUAUCAAGUAUUUAAGAACAAGUAAAUAAUAAAAACAAGUGUUUAUAACAACAAGUGAAUAGUACACGAAUUUUUACCAUAAUUUUUUUUUACUUAUCAUUUUGAACUAAGAAAAUUUAAACUAUAUUUCGAAUAAUUUGCAUAGAAAUUCUGAAUAUUGAUAUAAUUUCAAGUGGACCGGAGAAAAUUAUUUUAGUGGUCAAAAUGCUGCCUGUGUUGAGCCUUAUUGCUGUCGUCAUCGCUAUUAACAUACACAACACAGCAGCAAGCGUUAUUAAGCCACCUGACAUGCCAAUUCAGUACCCUGAACCCUUGCGAGUGACCGUCGACGAUGAUGAUGUACCAGCUUCCUGCAGGGACCUCACCUACUGCACAGUGAAACCUAAAAACUACCCUGAAGAGAAAUUCAACAAAAUGUUCAAAGACUAUAAAGCUGCACCGCAACCGGUGAUGUUACCUGAACUGACCAAUAAAUACGGAGAAGAAGAAAACUGCAAUUCGAUAAUAACCAAUGAACCUUUGUACCAAGUCAGAGAAAAGAGGCACAAGCUGUGGCGUACUGUAGUGCAGGCUCCAGGCCACGCCUACAUCCAACGUGUAUUACUAGAAAAGUGCAGCGAUGAAGGAGCGCCCUGCUUCGAGUCAAUCUGCAUGGCCGGAGAGUACAAGCCCGUCUGCAAACAGAAGUAUUACACUUGGGAGUUACUCGUGUCUAAAGGGGACAGCAACGAAACGGAGAAGAUCAUAGCGGAACUGCCCGGCUCUUGCUCAUGCAAUGCCCAGAAAGUUGAAUUGAAACUGAUAAUGACCGGAAUCAUGCAUUCCGAGGCACGGAUGAAAGGCCAAGGCCCAAUUUUUAUAUCUCCGAAGUGGGUCAUCAAGUUACAAAUGUGGAUCGUUUCUGUUUUCUACAUACCCUUCAGCACAGCAGCUGCGACCACAACGAAAACUGAUAGUGCCAUAAGAUAUCCUGGUCCAGUUCACUAUGCCUUCGAUGACAGAGUCCAUGAAUCCUGUAAAGACCUUACCUUCUGCACCAUUAAACCAGCUGACUACCCCGAGGAGAAGUUCAACAAAAUGUUUAAAGACUAUAAAUCACUGCCUCAACCGACGUUGAUAGAAGAGUUACAGCCUGAUGACAACCGACAAGGGCAUCCUAAUGAAGAGAACGACUGUCAGAGUAUAGUGACUUAUGAGCCACUGUACACAGUGCGGCAUAAGAGGAAUGAACCGUGGCGCACAGUCGUCCAAGCGCCUGGACAAGAUUACGUACAACGCGUGCGGUUGGAAAGAUGCUCAGAGCCAGACGGAGCGUGUUUCACGAACUUUCCGCAAUCGCCGGAAUUCGUGACGUACUGCAAACAAAAGGUGACCACUUGGGAGAUACUGGUCGCCAAGGGUGACAACGACACGGAGAAAAUUAAAGCGGAGUUACCCAUUUGCUGCUCCUGCCACUACCGGACCGUGGACUUCGCGAAUAGAUUCGGAAUACCUGGAAAUAAAAUUAAAAAUUAACUGCAGAUAGAAUUAGAAAUAAUAAAUAGUUUUAAUGCUAAACUUCAACCCUCGUAUAUGAUGCUGCUAAAAAUGACGAUAUGAUGCUGCUAAAAAUGACAUGAUGCUGCUAAAAAUGAUGAUAUGAUACUGCUAAAAAGAGCUCUAUCACCGUGUGAAUUAAAUUCGAAAUAUUACUUCACAAGAUUUAGAGUUACAUUAUUUACUGUCUCUAAGACUUAUCUAUGGAAACGAAACGCUAAUAGUUUUUGAUUAAACCAUAUUACAAUAAUAAACGUUAUUUAAGCAUUUGCGCAGUGCUAACCCAAGUUCUGACAUUUUAAAGGUGCUGUCAGUUGUAAAACAACACUGCGUUAUGGUGGAGGAAAACAUUGGGAUGAAAUCUGUAUGCGUGAGAGUUCUCCAUAAUGGUUUCAUAGGCAUGUGAUGUCUACACAUCCGCACAUGGUAAAUGUGGUGGACAAGGGUCUAAACCUUUCUCAAUCUGUCAGAAGACCCGUGUCCUGCAGUGGGCCGGGAAUGGGCCGACGAUGAUGACUGUUUCUUUCUUUACGCCAAGUUUUUCGUUUACGGAAAACUCUUGGGCCUAAAGAUCUCUUAGAAAAUGAAAACGACGUGCCAAUGCGUAAAUUUUCUCAAGGCAAAGCCAAAACCAACGCGUUCGGCUAUUGUUUGUGAUGUGUAAUUUUGCGACCUACCUGCGAGUCAUAACAAGCCUUUUGCUCAAAUCGCGUAUUGUUUUCAGUCAUUAAUUUAUGUGCCAGCUUGAAUAUGGGCUAUAAGCUUUGGAUUGACCCCUUGUCUGUAACAAAAGACAACACGUGAGAGUGACCAACUACAAAUUUUAAGUAGUUUUAUGGCCCACUUGAUUCCGAGUGGAAAACCAUCGCCUAUAGACAGAGCAACGCUUCGCAACCAAGCAAGUCCUAGAAAGUGUCGCACUGUCUAUCCAUCAUCAUAUCAACCCAUUCCGACCCACUAAAGGGCACGGGUCUCCUCCCACAAUGAGAAGGGG